AUGUCAAAUUCUGAGCAGAUACAGCCUAAAAGAAAAGCUUGGAGCAUGCUGGAAGAUCAAAUGCUUCAAGACUUAAGGCAAAAGUAAUGUCUUGAUUGGAUUGAAGUGGCACGGAGAAUAGGCGGAAGAAACCCAUCUUAAUGUGCUUAGAGAUGGAAGAGAAUCAAGGGAUUCAAGUUGAGGAGACAAUGGACCGAAGAGGAGGACGACAAACUCAGGAAUUUGGUUAAAGAAUAUGGAUAUCAGUGGAGCAAAAUAAGUAAAUUAUUACCUAAUCGCUCUGGAAAAUAAAUACGAGAACACUAUCUUAACUAAUUGCAUCCUCAAUUGAAUAAUGAACCCUGGAGUUAAGAAGAAGAUGAAAAAAUUAUUAAAAUCUAUAAAAAUGUCGGAGGAAAGUGGAGCAUUGUUUAAAAAGAGCUUCAAGGUAGAUCAGAAAACAGUAUUAAAAACAGGUUCUAUUCAUACCUUCGAAAUAAAUACCUCAAGAUCAAGAAUCCAUAUUAUAUUGUUCCAAAAAAAGAAUAAAUGAAUUUAAUAAAAACUGAACAGAAGCUCAAUUCAAUUGUUUCAGUACAGUCGUAAGAAUAAUCACCAUCAAUAAACAUAAGUUCAACCUAACAAUAUCUAAUACCAGUUAAUAUAGCAGGUAUACCCUCAGUUAACUCAAUGUAUUGCUAUCCACAAUUUUCAAUAUGCUAUCCUUAUUUUUAGUUUGCCCAACCUUAAUAUUACUUGUAAUGCCUGCCAAAUGCUAUCCUACAAUGAUUAAAGAUAUAAUAUUAUUUAUGUUCAUCGAGUGUUUCCC